AUGUCGCAAAGCUCACUGAACUUCACCCACGACGCAGCGUCUAUGAGUGCGUCCGAAUUUCUGUACGGAAACGAAUCGCGUCUGGUCGCCAUCAUUGCCGUUGGCGCUGUGUUCGCGAUCGUGACGAUUGUCGGCAACCUAAUGGUGAUGGUCAGUUUCAAGAUAGACAAGCAGCUGCAGACGAUCAGCAACUAUUUUCUGUUCAGCUUAGCCGUGGCCGAUAUUGCAAUAGGCAUGAUCUCGAUACCUCUGUGGACGUACUACACAGCGAUGCGAUCGUGGGGAAUUGGCUACACGAUGUGCCAGUUCUGGCUGUGCGUCGACUACCUCAUGAGCAACGCUUCAGUGUUAAAUCUCCUAUUGAUCUCGUUCGAUCGCUACUUCUCUGUUACUCGACCGCUCUCUUAUCGACCAAGAAGAACGACCCGGAAGGCGCUGGUAAUGAUCGCUUGCACGUACAUCAUCUCGAUGAUUCUUUGGCCACCAUGGAUCAUCAGCUGGCCUUACAUUGAGGGAAAAUUCACCGUCGAACCAGGCAUUUGUGUAGUGCAGUUUCUCGAGACAAAUCCCUAUGUGACAGUUGGGACGGCAGUGGCCGCUUUCUACCUUCCCGUUUCCAUCAUGAUCGUGCUCUACUCGCGAGUUUAUUAUGAGACUCGUAAACGACGGAAAGAAUUUGGAAAAUUACAAGCAUCACAGGUCAUUCUAAACUAUGACCAGCGACUCUCGUUUCCAGAGAAGCAUCUCGGCGUGAUUGUCGCAGCAACUCCAAUCCACAACAAACGUUCAAAACCGGUCGCCAUGGGAAUUCGAAAGGCAAGUAAUGCGCUUUCUCGGCCUGUUAAUAGCUCAUUUUUUACAUUUUUAGACACAAUAUCGCCUAUGAAGAAUGGUCGUCUCUCGAAAACGUCCCAUUCGAAUUUCGGGAGCGACCGAAAGAGUGAAAAGGAGAAGAAGAAAAACGAAAGAAAGCAGGAGAGCAAAGCGGCCAAAACAUUGUCAGCCAUUUUAGCUGCAUUUAUCGUCACUUGGACUCCAUAUAACGUAAUUGUGUGCUAUGAGGCGUUUUUUCCAAACAGUGUGCCGGAUUACUUAUUCACAGCUAGCUACUUUCUAUGCUAUAUCAACUCAACUAUCAACCCACUCUGUUAUGCUCUUUGUAAUGCGAGGUUCCGCCACACUUAUCGUCGUAUUUUAAAAUGUAAAUUUGGCGCCGAACGACCAAAUGUCUACAAUAGUGCAUAUGUAAGACGACAGUAG